CAAACGGCCAGCCAUUAAAGUUCAUUCGUUCCAUACUUUGUUUUGAUAUUUUCAAGUUCGGUAUCGAGUUAUGUGGUUUCGGCGUGUUACCUUGGAAUUUCGUUUGUACGCGUUACAUAAAUGCGCAUUGAGCGGGUUUAUUAAAAUGAAAAAAGAUUAAUUGGGAAAUUAAAUAUAUAGUAAGUGUUGAAAACGAAAAUCAAACCGGCGGACGUCCUCAAUCUCGAGACGGACCGUAUUUCGUCUCAUGUCUUUAUCUCGGAAAUAAGCGUACAUCUCUUGUGUACUGAUUACUGAUUUAUUUAGUUCGUCGUGCGGAAUGAGACGGAUCGGUUGAGCUUCCUAGAAAUGGGUCGCUCAUAGUCGUACAAUAAAAACUAUUUGAAGUUCCUGGCUGGUGUUAUUGUUUUUGAAUUUAGAACGCAAAAAAAAUAAACGCGAUGAGUGCUGCGACGGACUCAGUUUUGGCGGGAUAUAUCCCAGAAUAUUUGUUUACUCUGAUGGAGGAGUUAGAUGAACAUCCGUGGUUGUUUGCCGCUCUUGCCUCAGUUCUGGUUGGACUCAGUGGGAUCCUGCCUCUCCUGAUCAUACCCAUCGACGAAUCUGCGUCGUUUAAAGACGGAGCGGGGGCAGCGACACUGCGAGUCCUGCUGAGCUUCGCAGUCGGCGGUCUGCUUGGAGACGUGUUCCUACAUCUACUGCCGGAGUCUUGGGAACACGACCUAGCUGGCAGAAAAGAAGGGGAGCACGUAUCACUAAAAUGCGGUCUCUGGUGUCUCGCCGGAAUGCUAGUCUUCAUCGUAGUAGAAAAACUCUUCGCAGCAUCAGAAGGCGUAGAAGAAGAAGAAACUCCGCCAGCGAAGCAGAACGGAUCUAUCAAGCAGAUUGAAAUAGAAGAGAUCGAGAAACUUCUAGAAUUGGAGAGAAAACAACGCGGGGGGAAUAAAGGGGGUCUUUGUAAUGGCAGCGUGACUGCUAAGCAGCUGUAUGACACUUGCGUGUUCAAUAAUAACACUAAAGGUGAAGGCGGCUGCUGUAACAGUGUAGCCGCUUCGAAUGGAUCAGUGAAAUGCGGUGGAGGGAAGGGCAGCAACCGCUGGAUGGGCCGCUGUCUGCUACGCGAGGCGAGGGAGAAGGCGCUGAAGGCUACUAAGGAGAAGAGCGAGAAGAAAGAUGUGGCGGGCUACCUGAACCUCAUGGCCAACUCCAUAGACAACUUCACGCAUGGACUGGCGGUUGGCGGCUCCUUCCUCGUGGGCUUCCGAGUUGGUUUACUCACCACAUUCGCUAUACUUGUCCAUGAAAUCCCUCACGAAGUAGGAGACUUCGCCAUUCUCCUGAAGAGUGGGUUCUCGCGGUGGGAAGCGGCCAAGGCGCAACUGGCCACCGCUUCAGCUGGUCUGAUCGGUGCAAUGACCGCCGUCAUAUUCAGCGGAGCCAGAAAUGCGAUAGAGGCCAAAACAUCCUGGAUAGUCCCGUUCACAGCGGGCGGGUUCCUACACAUAGCGCUGGUCACAGUGUUACCGGACCUCCUCCGGGAAGAAGACAAGUGGCAGUCGCUCAAACACCUCGCGGCUUUGCUAGCCGGCAUCGGGGUCAUGGCUUUCAUGACGUAUUACUUCUAGAAGCUUCUAUAAAGAAUGCGGGCCUGAGUCUAGUGAAUCAACAGCAUCACCACCAAUAUUAAUCACGACUAAAGCCAGUUCCACUUGUCUUCUGGGUUGAGUGUUAUUUCGGAAAAAUGAUGCAAUCGUUAAAUUAUAUACGUACAGCGCCAUCUAACGUAUUUCAAAGUAAUACUAAGAGAAGAUAUGAACAUUAUAAGAACCAUAAUAAUUCGAGAUUCGUACACUCUGUAUGGAAUUGCGCGAAAUGUAUUUAAAGUCUGAUAAAACUCUACAUAAUAGAGAGAGAGCACGUUUUUGGGUUCAUAAGACCGAACACAACUCUGUAAGUAUGCAAAAAUAUCAGUCUUUCACGCCACAUCACUACAAAGUGUGUCUAGCUACUAUCGAAAGAUAUGAGGUGACAUUGGAACCAUGUGCCAAUAUUUUACAAGUAAAUAUUUACUAUUAUAUAGAUUUCGAGGUGACAUACUAAUAAUGAAAUUAAUACAUUCAUAGGUGUACAUACUCAGUAAGGCCUAGAGAUAUACUAAUUGAUCCAUGAUAAUACACAUAGCGGGUCAUAAAAUAGCAUCACUUUUUAUACAAUAAAACAUACCAAUUGAGAACCUCCUCCUUUUUCAUUCGGUUAAAAAUAUGGCACAUGGUUCCCAUUUCACUUGUCUUAUUAUUGAAGUCGAUAAAAGUAUUAGUAUUUUCGAAAUUUUAAAUUUAGAUUAUGGUUACUGAAAUCAACUCUUUAGAUAUUAAAAUAUUCUGAUAAAAUCACACGCUGUGUGAAUAAUAAAAACAGAAGUUACUGUAAAUAAAUUGAUAAAAAUAAAAAUGGACGCUAAUAAAAAGUACCUAAAAUAUAAGAAAAAUCAAAAAUUCAUCAUACAUCAUUAUCAUAUGAAAUACACGUAAAAAAAGUUCAUAUUAUAGCCAAAUAUUUGAAACAUUGUUAUUUUACAUAAAGUAAGAUUGUUUUUGUUAAUUUUGUAACAUAAUUACGUUUAUUUUUUAGCAUCUAAGUCAGCUUUUUGGUAGCAUUAUCCACAGUAAAUAUUUAAAUAAAAUCAAGUAAAAUAAAAAUAUAAAUUAUUAAGAAGAUAAUAAUGUAACAAUCAAUAAUUUGAUGUAUUUGGCAGGUACCAAAAUAAAAAAUAGAGACAGAUUUAGUGUUUAGUUGGUUGAUCUCCACUAAAACUCAUAUUAAUUUUUAGAAUUAAAUGCACAAAUUUUAUUGUAAUGCAUUUUUCAACAGUUAUAAUUAAUCAUUUUAAAGGUACAUUGUACCUUAAAUCAAGUGACAUACUGUAAAUUAAUGUAAAUACUUAUAUUAACGUUUUGAUAUACUCAAUUAAGUAUCGUUUAAAGCUAAUCGACGACUUUCCUUGCGUCAAUUGAAAAAAGGGUUUUCUUAAUAACGCUCGCCAGUUGGCGCCACUGUCUUAGCUAAAGCCCGGUUGCCGAGCACGUAGAAUUUCGUCCAAUGACCCGAAGCUACCCAUCCUUAUCCUACAUUCGCGACAGCAAUAUAAUUACGCGCGAGCGAAAAGGAUAGGUAGCUUGGGGUCAUUUGACGAAAUUCUAUGUGCCCGGCGACCGGACUAUACAAGCAAGUGACAGGAUUUUACUGCCAGUAGCGCCAAAAAUAUAUAAACAUCGGCGCCUGGGAAAGUUGAAACUAGUGCAUUACCCCUUUAAUAAUAAAAACAAAAACGGUUGCAAUCUAUUUUAUCAAGGCAAAAAUGCAUUCAAUUCAAACUGUUUAUUUUUUAUGAUUAUGGGGGUCAGUAUUUACUUAACGUGUUUAAACAUUAGUAACUUAGGAGAUAGUACAAAUCAUCCCACUUCGAUAUUGUGAUAGUUUUCUAGUUCUGUUGUAUAUACAGUCGGAAUAUUAGUUACUGCGGUGUAACACACUGGCCAUGAUAUUGUCAUAUCAAAAGCAUUUUCAUUUACUUUACGUAAGCUAUUAUAUUUAGCAAGAUUAUUAUCAAAAUCAAAUAUUUUUGAGAUUUUUCAUGCAAAUUAACUUUAUCAUUAUACUUAUUUAAGUAUUGUGUAUUGAUUUUCAAUAUAAUCAAAUCCAGAUUUUAAGCUAAUAUUUUGAAUUUGAGAUACUUUGUUAAGUAAACAAUUUAAUUAAGUGUGUAAUGUGAUAAAUAAUGCCAUUUACGAGUAUUCUAAGUCGUUGACUAGAUAACGACAUUGUAAAAUUACUAGAAAAAGAUAUUAAUAAACAAACUAUUUAUGUA